AUGGAAUCGAGACCUGCCAAUGAUGUAUCCCCAGGCCUCCUGGCCUCCUUGUUCAAUUCUGCUUACUCGGUAUAUCCAUCUGGAUCGCCCGGUUUUGAUGCCGAGACCAUGACAGCCUGGCUCAGCAGAAACCGCAUCUCCCUACAGCGUAGUCACGUUUUCUAUUCUGCAGACGGGGUUGACGAGGCACUGGGCAUAGCCCUCGUCGCCAGGAGGAGCGAUAAGCCGACGCAUUCCCGCCUGGCGAUGAUUGGCAUCAUCCCUACUGCACAAGGGCACGGCUACGGCUCAGAGGGCGUCGACCUGGUCAUAUCAGCAGAGCGAGCCUCCGGAACGGAGAUCUUGGAGCUCGAGUGUCUGGUCAACGACACCAAAGCGCUCACCAUGUACCAAAGAAGGCGUUUCCAGGCUGUGCUUGAGAUGCCCGAAUGGGAGAGCGAGGUCAUUGACCAAAUGGAGUGGCACGAAGACCCAGGAAGGGCCACCCUCAAGGAGACCACGGUGGAUGAAGUCGAACGAAUUAUUGAGGAGCACGGGGACAAGGAACGAUUACCCUGGCAGGCAUACAUGCUAUCCUCGCAACGUUCCGCAAAGAGGGCUUUCAGGCUGGGUCAUGCGUACUGCGCCAUCUCGGACCCAGAUGAGGAGGAGUCGGGGGAGCCGGUCUCUCUUGCCAGUCUGAUCGUCGAGGAGGAGUGCAGAGGCCAGGGACAAGCGUGGGAUCUGAUCAGAUGUGUUCUGUCGCGCUACAAGGGGAGGAGAUGGAGUGUUCCGGGCGUCUUUCCAAGGAGCGGACUGCUUGGUAGGCUUCCAGGCGACGAGACGGAUCAUGGCCAGGUGCUGAUGCGUCUGAAGCUGAAUGGAAGCGGCGGCUGA